AUUCCAUGGAGGAAAUAAAUACCAGUUAAUCAAGGAGAGAGAGAGAGAGAGAGAGAAGAAACUCACAAAGUCACAGAAGUAGUAACGCGUGUAUUGAUUGGGUGCUUUCUGCUUUUCGCUUCCCUCACUCCUCUCCGGUUGCACCCCCGCUUCUCUGGCGAGAUCUCCGGUCGCGCACUGCCACCUCCUCCUCGCCGCCGCUGACGACAACUCACUCAGUACACAAUCUCAUGGGUGGAGGUUACUAUUCGCGAUGAGCGAGUGGGAUUGGAAUAGAGGUUGGAUCUUACAAUGCAAGACGUGAAAGCUAAAUGUAAAGUGGCUGGUCUGGUUAUUGUAUCGGUAUGGGUUGGUCUCGCUGCUCUCUAUGGCUUGAUUAGUCCGGUUUCGAACGGGUGUGUUAUGACAUAUAUGUACCCGACGUACAUCCCAAUUUCGGCUCCUGUAAAUUCGUCAUCUGCGAGGUACGGGUUGUAUUUGUAUCAUGAAGGAUGGAAGAAGAUUGAUUUUGAUGAGCACUUGAAGAAGAUUAGUGGUGUUCCUGUUCUUUUUAUUCCGGGAAAUGGUGGCAGCUUUAAACAGGUACGUUCCUUGGCAGCAGAGUCUGAUAGAGCUUAUCAGGGAGGCCCACUUGAGCAUACGUUUUAUCAAGAAGCUUUGCUAACCCCUGAGGAGGGUGGAAAUGUAAUGGAUAUGGGUGCAGCUGCCUUUCCAUUUCCUAAUCAAUAUAAUCACAUGCUAGACUGGUUUGCUGUGGAUCUUGAAGGUGAACAUUCAGCAUUGGAUGGUCGGAUACUUGAAGAACACACAGAAUAUGUUGUAUAUGCCAUUCACAGGAUUUUGGAUCAAUAUAGAGAGUCUCGUGAUGCUUUGGAAAGAGAAGGUGCUGUUGUUUCUGGGAAUUUGCCAAAGAGUGUGGUCCUGGUUGGUCACUCUAUGGGUGGUUUUGUAGCUAGAGCUGCAGUUGUCCAUCCACUCUUGAGGAAGUCAGCCGUUGAAACUGUUCUUACACUCUCAAGCCCGCAUCAAUCACCUCCUGUGGCAUUGCAACCAUCUUUGGGCCACUACUUUGCACGUGUAAAUGAGGAAUGGAGAAAGGGAUAUGAGGUCCAAACCUCACGAACAGGACGUUAUGUGUCUGAUCCUACACUCUCUCAUGUUGUAGUUGUCUCCAUUUCUGGUGGAAUUAAUGAUUACCAGGUAAGGACGAAGUUAGAAUCCCUUGAAGGUAUUGUGCCACCCACCCAUGGUUUUAUGAUCAGUAGUACAGGCAUGAAGAAUGUAUGGUUGUCAAUGGAACACCAGGCUAUUUUAUGGUGUAAUCAACUAGUUGUACAAGUGUCACAUACCCUUCUUAGUUUGGUAGACUCCAAAACAGGUCAGCCAUUUUCUAGCACACAAAAGAGACUUGCAGUAUUCAUAAAAAUGCUCCGUAGUGGGUUACCAAAGAGUCUCAAUUGGAUGAGGCAGUCACAAUCAUCUCAGCAGUUGUCUCAUGUUCCCAUCAAGGAUGAAAAUGAUGUUUCCGGAUCUCAAGUGCAAUCUUCAUCUGCUUGUCCCAGCAAUGUUCAUUGGAAUGAUGACGGCCUUGAGAGGGACCUAUACAUUCAGACAACUGUUGUUUCUGUUUUAGCGAUGGAUGGAAGGAGGCGGUGGUUGGACAUACAGAAACUGGGUUCUAAUGGGAAAAGUCACUUCAUAUUUGUUACAAAUCUUGCUCCAUGUUCUGGAGUAAGACUUCAUCUUUGGCCUGAAAAGGGAAAAUCAACUUCAGCCUUGCAUGCAAGUGAGAGGGUUAUAGAGGUGACAUCUAAGAUGGUGCACAUUCCAUCAGGACCAGCACCGAGGCAGAUCGAACCUGGUAGUCAGACUGAGCAAGCACCCCCAUCUGGUGUAUUUUGGUUGGGUCCUGAUGAGAUGCAUGGUUUCAGAUUCUUGACAAUUUCCGUUGCACCCCGUCCGACUGUUUCAGGUAGACCUCCUCCAGCAGCUUCCAUGGCGGUCGGACAGUUCUUUAAUCCAGAGGAGGGAGAGAGGGUGUUUCAUCCUCUGUCGUUGCUUUCUUCUGCCUAUUCUCAAAAGGACAUGUUCUUGAAGGAGGAUCAUCCGCUUGCUUUUAAUAUGUCAUUUGGCAUCAGCUUAGGCCUUCUGCCUGUUACUUUGUCUCUGAAAACUGCUGGCUGUGGAAUAAAAACUUCGGCACUCGCAGUUGAUGAGGCUGGUGAUGAGGAAAAUACUAGGCUUUGUAAACUGCGCUGUUUCCCACCUGUUGCACUUGCUUGGGAUACCACUUCAGGUUUACACAUAUUUCCUAAUUUAUAUUCUGAGACCAUUGUGGUAGAUUCCUUCCCAGCAUUUUGGAGUUCGACACAGGGGUCUGAGAAGACCACUGUUUUGCUACUGAUGGACCCACAUUGUUCCUAUAAAGCUAGUGUUGGUGUCUCCAUUACAGCUGCUGCAAGCAGAUUUUUGCUUUUAUACUGUCCACAGAUAGUUGGUCUCUCUUUUGCUGUGAUCUUUUUUGCUCUGAUGCGGCAAGCACAUGCGUGGGAUUUUGAUCUGCCUAUACCUUCAAUGCUAGCAGCUGUGGAAUCUAACUUGAGAAUGCCAUUGCCAUUUCUGCUUCUAGUCAUCACACCAUUUUUGAUUUCUUUGGUCUUUUCCUUGUUAGAAUCUCAGCAGUUUCCUCAAGUUGGAAGCUAUCUUACAGUCUCGAUAAUAUGCUAUUUAUUUGCAAAUGGAUCAAUAAUCAUUUUGAUUUUGCUCUCCCAAUUGGUCUUCUAUAUGGCUGCUGUUAUUCAUGUAUUCAUUAAGACAAGGUGGCAAAUGUGGGAAGGAAAUUUUCCCUUUUUAUAUCUCCAUUGGUUCCUUAACGUUUCGUCUGGUUUAUUUUCAUUUAAGGUGAUUAGGAUUAUAAGAAUGAAUCAAUUGCUUGUUACAGCAUUGAUAGCAAUUAUGGUGGUAUGCUUUGUUCACCCAGCUCUGGGUUUAUCUAUACUGCUAUUGUUCCAUGCUUUCUGGUGUCAUAAUGCACUGUGCAGUUUUUUGACGGCUUCAUUUCGCAGUCAUGCACGGAGGAAGGAGUUAAUUGAUUCUAACCACGAAGGCAGUAAUGAGAAUUAUUCCAGUAGUCCAGAAUGUGCAAAAAGCUUUAGUGACACCCAAAUAGAGAUCUUCCAUCACCGGCAUGGUUUGCUGAUUUUGCAUCUUCUUAUAGCACUCAUGUUUGUCCCCUCACUUGUGGCUUGGUUGCAGAGAUUGGGGAUGGAUCAGAGCUUUCCAUGGUUUCUGGAUUCAGCUCUCUGUGCUGGAGUCAUCCUCCAUGGUAUCUGCGGCUCAAAGCUUGAAUUUAAUUCGUUAUUAUUUCCCUUACCAGGAAUCCCGAGCUGGGAAGUAAGACCGAGUUUUGUAUAUCUGCUUGCUGGAUGCUAUUCCUAUCUCUGUGGCCUGACCUUGGCUCCAUACAGAGUAUUUUAUGCCAUGGCUGCCAUAGGGAUCAUUUCCCUUGCUUUCAGGAUCGUGCUUUGUGUGUAUAGGGAGAAGGGAGAUGCAUACAUUAACAGCCGAAAGCAUUCUCACAGGCACUGAGAGGUUUUUUGAAGCAAUGUGUAUACUGCAGUUAUCAUUUUGGUCCCAGAAGACCCUCGUGUACAAUUAUCUGCAAUACAAUGAUGACCGUGAGGUUCCAUGAAAUGGCUCUAGCCAGUAGCUGCCACCCACAGUUUUGCAGUUUUGAUUUGUUUUGACACGCUGCAAUAUUGGUGUUAUCUGUUGUAGUGCAAUUGGGAGAACAGGAAGGGGUGGGAGAUAACGAUAACAGCCAGAAAGAACAGAAAACAAAAAAGCAACAACGAAGGUUCAUGUAACUUCUCCUGUCUGGGUGGGGCGUUGGGGAUGAUAUUUUUGAUUUGUGAGCAAAAAAAAUGGUGUUAUUAGUGUUCUUCGGAUGUGCCAUAUAUGCACCUGUAGGCCGUUGAAAAAUGAUACAUGACAUUUACUCUAUAAUUCGAAUUGGUGCUAUGAUAUUUUGUCCUAUAAAA